UAUUCCAUCAAUCAUCCAUAGUCGAUAUAAAGUGACUAAUAAACCAAUUGUCGCUGUCACAACACUAUCUCUGAAAUACCCGUUCCGUCGGUCGUUUAGUCCGUGUCGAAUUUAAUGAAAUAAUAACAUGGGUUACGUAUCAAUAAACUAAUUAUAGUAUAGUUGCUUUCCAAUAAUAUUGUUCAAUAAGCCUUACGAGUAACUGUUUACCGUAUUCAGCGAAGCAAUUCUCACCUGGAUCUGUUACGAGCAGAUUUUAUUUUUUUCAAACAUGAAAUGAUAUUUGAAUAUUUGAUAAGAAGAUAAACACACUGAAAAAAUGUCGUCCAGAGCGUCUCGAAAAGCUAAAUGCCCUCGACCCCUAGAACCGAUAAUUACAAGAACGAAAUCAGCACAACAAAGACAACAACUAACGAAUAAAAAGCAGAAAACCGAAAAACCGGAAAAACCGAAACUUACUAAAGAAAUAAAAUCGCCUAAAACUAAGAAAAAUAUAAGUAAGAAAGUUGCUCCACUUAAGAAAUGUGAUAAAAAAAUUGAUGAAGUUGUUGACCAAGUAGAGUAUUAUCCAAAUAAGUUGAAAAGAGAUUUAAAUAAUAAGAAGGUUGUAUUGAAACCGAAACAUAAUUUUAAGGUUAUUGCUACAGCUAAUAAAAGGAAACUGGGAGUACCGAAAAAAGGUAUAAAACAACUAGAAUCAGACGUCAAGUCCUGCACGCCGGCUGACCUCAGCAUGCAGGACAUGGUCCGCAUGGUCGAGGAGAGCAGGUCCCUGUCUGACGAGGACUUCAUGGAGAUCCUCACCUGCCCCAGCCCGGUGUGGUGGGAGGAUCCACCUGAUCAGACCUAUACCGAAGAAUGCCUUUACUCAAGAUCCCCUGAACCAAUUCGGAAGUCGCCAGAAAUACCAGUCAUCACGAUAUCUCCAGAACCUCCGCCCAAGAAGAAAGCGAAACAAACUAACAAGAAAAAGAAUAAAAUUACAAAAACAUCCAAAAGUCCAACAAUUUCGAAAAUAAUUGAACAAAAUAAAGAACAAAUUGUUGUUCGGAAAGACGAAAAAUUUGUCAAAAAACAACUCAAGUUAGAAAAUAUACUCGGUAAUAUUAAAAGUAAGAGUCAAAAUCAAAAAACUAAGAACGAUGAAACAAAAAAUGUGGAAACAAAACGAAAAUUGUCUGAAAGCACUGAAGGAGACAUCUCAGAUUUAAGUUUUAAUGAAGAAAUAUUAAAAAACAUUGAGUCCAUGGUCAUACCAAUAGAAAAGGCAAACGAACCAGAGACAGUAGAAGAAAUAAAAGAAGAAAUAAUAGAUGUUUCAAUACCACAAACAAUAGAACAGGAUAAAAAACCAGAGAUUAAAAUAGAAAAGACAGAAUGUUCAGUUAAUAAAAAAAGGAAAAGUAGUGAUGAGGUUAUAAAUGUCGAUAGUUACAACCCUAGUAUAAGCUUAAACGAUGAUUCUAAUUCAUCAGACGACUUUAGUAUAGAGCAAGACGCUUUGAACAGAUUAAAAAAUGAAUUGAAACAAGAAAAUUCAAAAGGAUCAGAUAAUGUAGGUAUCCCGUAUAAAAAAAUAAUAAAUGAUCUGACUGAAUAUAUAACCGUCUACAAAAUAAUACCAGAAAAAGCAAAAGCUAAAUUAAAUGCUGAAAUAAAAGCAAAAUGUCUGGAUAACAAGAAAUUAGAAAGAGUUAGAGGCAAACUGAACGAAUUCUUUAAACAGUGCAAAAAUAAAAAAAGAAUAAAAAAAAUUGACGCACCGAUUCCCGCGCGAAAUCUGACAGAUGUCAAACCGACCACAGAUGAAAAAGAGAACGGUGUGAAAUUCGAACUUGUUGAGAAAAAGUGCGAUCAGUGCAUCGAGAAAACCGUAAACGGGGAGACGGUUUCCUCGUGUGAUAAGUGCGAAUUGGUGCCUAUUUUACAUUGCGUUUCGUGUAACUUUCUGGCUGAGAGUAAGGAAUUGUAUAAAAAACAUGUUUCGAGUUGUAAAGAGAUUGAAAGAAUAUCAUGGACUAAUAAUCUUGUGUUAAAUCAAACAUGAAUAUGUGUUUAGAUAAAUUUGUGAAUAUAUAUAGUAAAGUUUAAAAUUUUGAUAG